AUGAUGAUUUUAAUGGCAAUUCUGGUCUGGUCUGCAACUCUAGAGACCUGCAUUGCCAGAAAAGGAAGACAUUGGAGACACCACCACAACAGCUCCUCCACCUUGACUGAUUCCUUGUCCACCAAGAAACCAAAAGCCCAUGAAAACAAUAGUCAUUCCCAGAAGUCAAAACCUAAACCAAAACCGAAGCCGAAAACUCCCCCAAAGUCCAGUAAAAGCUCACCUGUCGUUUCGCAGCCGCCACAAGUCCAACAACCACCACCACCACCUCUUCCGUUGCAGCCAAUUCAGGAGUCUCAAGAAUUCAAUGUGCUUGAUUUUGGAGCUAAGGGUGAUGGUAUGACUGAUGACACUAAGGCGUUUGAAACGGCGUGGGCAUCUGCUUGCAAAGUCGAGGCGUCAACGAUGAUCAUACCGCCUGAUUACAAUUUCCUCGUUGGCCCGAUUUCCUUUUCGGGUCCUUAUUGUCAAGCAAACAUUGUAUUCCAGCUCGAUGGAAUGAUCGUUGCUCCUACGGAUUCUGAAUCAUGGGGAAGAGGACUAAUGUGGUGGAUUGAGUUCACAAAGCUCAAUGGAAUUACAAUACAAGGAAAUGGUGUUAUUGAUGGAAGAGGCACUGUUUGGUGGCAGCAAGAUUACCCUUUUGAUUAUCCUAUCGACGAUGACUUCAAACUUAUUGUCCCGUUAAACAAUUCGGUCCAAGAACGUCCUCCAAUGCCGAUAAGAAGUGAGCUUGGUGAGAGAAUGCCAAACAUUAAACCAACGGCGCUACGGUUCUAUGGGAGUAUCGACGUGACUGUGACGGGUAUAACCAUUCAGAACAGUCCUCAAUGUCACCUCAAGUUUGAUAACUGCGUCCAAGUAUUAGUUCAUGACGUGACUGUGUCCUCUCCCGGGGACAGUCCAAACACAGAUGGGAUUCAUCUUCAGAACACAAGAGAUGUCAUGAUUCAUACCACCACAUUAGCUUGCGGAGACGAUUGCAUUUCAAUUCAAACAGGUUGCUCCAAUGUGUAUGUUCACAAUGUGAAUUGUGGACCAGGACAUGGAAUUAGCAUAGGGAGCCUUGGUAAAGACAGUACCAAAGCUUGUGUCUCCAACAUAACAGUCCGAGAUGUUGUUAUGCACAACACAAUGACCGGUGUCCGAAUCAAGACCUGGCAGGGAGGUGUAGGAUCAGUGAAAGGGAUACUUUUUUCAAACAUACAACUCACAGAGGUCCAGCUUCCGUUAGUGAUCGAUCAAUUCUACUGUGAUCACAGCAAAUGCCAGAACCAGACUUCAGCAGUGUCCGUGGAAGGAGUAACAUAUGAGAAGAUACGAGGCACUUAUACCGUAAAGCCUGUGCAUUUUGCCUGCAGCGACAAUUUCCCUUGCAUAGAUGUGCAAUUAUCAGGCAUAGAGCUAAAGCCAGUACAACAACAGUACCACAUGUAUGAUGCAUUUUGCUGGAAAACAUUUGGAGAGCUCAAUUCGCCAACCGUUCCACCGAUUGAUUGCUUACAGAUUGGAAAACCAGCAAGAAAUGGAGUUCAUACAGAUCAUGAUAUAUGUUCAUAA